UUCCCCUUGAAUCAAACAUAAUAAUACCAACAAAAAUACUCAAAAGCGCGCAGUCCCACGGCGCAGCUUCCGAGAAACCUCCUUUUUGAGCCACUGCCGAGUGGGGCCCCAGGGAGUCCGACACCUUGCUCUUCCUCUCCGGGGCGCUUUGCUUUGCUUGCUUCCCUUUUCCUCCGCUCCCCCAACGAGGUCGAAAUCUGCGGCGAAUGCGACCGGGAGAACCGAUCCCAAGGAUCAGCUCGCCGCUGCUUUAGGGGGGAAUCGCCUUUUGGCCCGUGUCCGCUGUGCGUGAUUCCGGACUGUCUACUACAAAGCGUCAUCCUGACCUGAUACCCGUUUACUAAAGCCAAGUCACCAACCAGGUUCGAGCUGCCGGGGAAAUAUGGGCAAUGUACUUGCAAUGCCUGCACAUGUUUUCCAGACAGCUCAACAGAACCAUGUGGUUGUGGUUGCGGAGGAAACAUUCAGAUUAUGUGACGUGGAUCGUCUGUCUCAAGUUACCAGAAAACUGCACCGGUCCAUUGAGCAGCACCCCCACUCAAAGCAGGCAGACACGACGUGCUGUGUCUCAGCUGAAAGGAGAAGCCAUGACAGUUAUCCAUCGUCUGAUGAUGGUGAUGUUCCAGAGUGGCACCUUCAUUUUUCCAACCGGGCCAAUCCCCUCCCCCUAACCGACAAGCGGCAGCUUCAUUAUCGAUCACAUAUGUAUAUGGAAACUGAGGGUCUUGAAUGUAUCUUACCUGACCAUAUGGCCCAACUAGAAGACAUUGUACGCCACCACACAGUGGCUGUUGGUCCUGGUUACGAGGAAGAGCUACUCCAACACCUCCCACACAGCACAGAUGCGUUGACCAGCCUUUUCAAUGAACUGGAAAUUCGGUUGACCAGUAUUAGUCCUGAAUGUGAAGAUUUUCCCAUCAGGUUGAAAACAUACACAGAAUUGCUCUGUUUGAUUAAAGGGCAGUUAUAUGACGAGAGUAGACCAUUUAGGGAAUUUAAGAUAGGCUACUUUGCACAGUUUGCAAAACACCCUAUAGAAAUUCUCGUGAAAAUUGCACUUCUUCUCAGCAAGAUGGAGUGGUCUGUCACUGAUAUUUGUCCAAUGAUGCUUGCAUAUGAGGCAGUUAUGGAUGUUGUUCCUCUUAUCCAAAAAUUAAUUCCCAGUGAAUCUGAUGAUCUCUUACCCGAGAUUAAAAGUAACAUCUGGGAGUCUUUCAGGAAAAUAGUUGGCAAUAUGGGGGAUCCUCAGGGUGGUGCCAUUCACUCAGUGACAUGUUCCCUGGUAGACUCAGUGAAGAUUAUCCAUAGUCACAAACAGUUAGUGCAAUCUUUUGCUCCUGAUGAUGACAGCCACUCGUUUGGAAAUCUUCUGUCUGGCGUGAUUGGAAGGUGGAUAUCUGCACUCGAGAAACAUCCGAUGUCAGAUAGUCGGCGGAAGAACAUUUUCAUGCUGAACAACAUGAGUCAUUUAAAGGGGAAGACAAAUGUUCUGUUAGAUGAUUUGCUGCCUCUGCAGCAUCUUGAUUUUCCUUAUCCUGAUUAUUUCAAAUUACUCACAGAUAUCUGGAUCCAGGGUUACCUGGUAGAUGCUUGGAAGCCAGCCUUAUAUUUUCUGAGUUGCAAGUCUUGGUGGGUUAGUCGGCAUUCAUCCUUGGUUAAAUUUACCUCAACAUUCAAUGGGAUUUUUGAUCAUCAGAAAACUUGGGUGGUUCCUGAUCCUGCUCUACGGGAAACUCUAAGAGUCCGUAUAAAGGGGCAUAUUUUACCAACAUACAGAGCUUUCUUGGUGAAGUAUCCAGAUACUGGGCCGUCUGGUUGUUUGUGUUUGUGGGGAGGUUCAGCAGAAGAGAUAUAUAGCGCAGAGAGUUUGGAGCUGGUGGUGGACACAAUAUUUGAAGGAGGAACUGGACAGCCUACUUGUCCUUCCCUUUCUCCUUAGUAUCCAUAGAUUAGACUAUCAGGCCUCCUUUGAUUCAUAGGAUUUGCAUAGGAAUUUUACAGGAUUGACACCCUCUAGAAGUUUUCCUUUACGUGCUGUUUGAUUCACUGGAUUGCAUUCCUCAGGAACCAAUCCUAUAGGAACUUCUUAGUUCAUUUUCACAGGAAAACAAGCAUGAGGUUGGACUUCAUGGAAAAAAUCCUCUGUUUUGCUACCCGACGUAGGAUUUCAGUUGACAGUACAUCCUGUUCCUGUAUGUUUCCUAUUCCUACACUUCUCAAACCCUGUGAAUCAAAGGAGCCUCAAGUGGAAUUGUA